AUAUUUAGGCUAGAUGUAGUGACCUGACACACAUUGGGCCUUUAACUGUCGGAUAUCACAGCAGUAGCACAAACCAGCUGUAAUAUUUCUACUGAUACGUUUCCUUGUCGGUUUCCUCCGACGAACUAUUACCGGGACUUGACAGACCAGAUCCACCGCUUUCUGUAUUAUAAGGAAAAAUGUCCUUGUCUGGCUGGGUGUGUGUAGUAACAGGUGCCUCCAGAGGCAUUGGCAGGGGCAUAGCUCUCCAGCUGUCUGAGGCAGGAGCCACUGUCUACAUCACAGGGCGCCAGGAGAAGACUCUGAAACAAACUGCUGCACAGGUUAAGGAGAGGGGUGGCAACUGUGUGCCAGUUAUCUGUGAUUCUACAAAAGACAAAGAUAUUGAAGACCUUUUUAAACAGAUCAAACGUGAACAGAAUGGCAGGCUGGAUAUCCUCAUUAACAAUGCCUAUGCUGGAGUACAGGAUAUCUUCGAAAAUAUGGGAAAGAAGUUCUGGGAGACUGAUCCGGCCAUCUGGGAUUCCAUCAACAACACAGGCCUCAGGGGCCACUAUUUCUUCUCAGUUCAUGCAUCCAGGAUGAUGGUGGCUCAAGGUCGGGGUUUGAUAGUCACCAUUUCAUCUAUGGGGGGGCUGCGGUAUCUCUUCAAUGUACCAUAUGGUGUUGGUAAAGCUGCAUGUGACAGGCUGGCAGCAGACAUGGCUGUUGAGCUGAAAAGUAGGGGAGUGGUUUCUGUCAGUCUGUGGCCAGGAGCGGUGCGAACAGAGUUGGUGUCUCAGUUUGUUUUGGAGAAGGAAACGCCACAGGGUGUAAAUUCCAAGUUUAAAGAUGUAUUUGCCAACGGAGAAUCCACAGAAGUGAGUGGGAUGUGCAUCGUCAACCUGGCAACAGAUAAAAAUCUGAUGUCUCUGACUGGGAAAGUACUCCUGACUUGUGACCUGGCACGGCGCUAUGGGAUACAAGAUGUUGAUGGACGGAGCGUAGCUGAUUACACUUCCAUAAAAUUCCUCCUGACUCAGGUCCCAUACCUCUCCUGGCUGUCGGCUUUUGUCCCUUCGUUCUUACAUGUGCCACGCUUUGUGCUUACCCUGGCUAAUAGCCGGUUCUAAACAUUUCCCACAGUUGUAUGUCAACACUGAAGUGUCAGUACCACACUGUGUUUCAACUGCAAGGUCCACAUUCUAGCCAAACCUAUAGUUGCCAUGUGGUGGUGGAUGAAUUCCACUACUCAAGGUUAAUGGUGACAAGAAGCCAAACACAACAAUAUUUUUUGAAGGAGAAUUGUUCAGGUUAUUAUAUACAGCCUAUACAGUGGAAACUGCUUAUAUUGAUCACGGCUACAGUCUUCAACCUUUUAUAUGGAACAAAAAGUUUGGGGCAGAAUCAUUCCUACACUAAUGCUGUUUUAGUUAUUUGCUAAUAUUAAUCCAGCAGUCCGCUUACUGUGUUCAUUUUGGGUCUUUUCAUACAUGACACCGUACAUCAUAAGCAAAUAAAAUUAAAAACAGUAGAUCUAUUUUUUUUUUUUUAAAUAUAUACUUUACUCCCUCGUGGAAACCUGUCUGCUUCCAGCUGGCUACCUGAAAAUCAAGCCAAGGUGCAGCAGUAAAACAUUUUGUAGUCUACUCAAACAACGAUAAAAAACCCCAUCAUGGCUGCUAGUGAUGGAGACAGAAAAUUAAUACGCACAGGGAAAUCACCUGUGGUUGAGGCGGCCCUUGUCAAGUGGAUUGAUAAUGCCCCCUUAAGUGGGCUCUUGGUUGCAAAGCUGUCAGUUUUAUUACUUCAUAUCAAUGUAAUAAAUAUAGAAACACCAGUUAGAUGGUAAUGUGCAUGCAAAAUAAAGGAAAAAAUGAGUUAUAAUAAUAAUUAUCUGCUCAUCCUGAUCAAUUUGACUUGGACAGACGUGAUCACUGUAAGAGGUUUCAACUGUAAAUACACACACACACACACACACACACACACAGUUGCAGUUGCAGUU